GCGUCUCAGGCGGGAUCUCGAUGCUCGUGGGAUGUUUUUAGCAUCGCCGCUUCUUAUUUAUUUACCGGCGUUAACUGAGAUUUUAUGACUCCGGUCUGAUCCUCAAAAUGAGAAAGGCGUCCCAAAACAAGGCAGACAACCGGGUGCUCACUGAAAACUUCUCACCACAGAGUAAAGUGAAAGACAUCCUACUUCAGCAGCCUCCCCAGCCUCCAUCUACCUCAGUUCUUCAGGAGAUUCCAAUGAAACCGUCUCAGAUCCCAAACCGGCUUUCCUACUCCAGUUCAAGGCAGGAUAUAAACAACUAUUCCCCUUCCUCGUAUAUGAGAAGAAUUCAUGAGACCAAAUCCGCUGUCACUUUAUCAAGCUCAGGAAGCAGAAAUGCAACAGAGCAAAGACAAAACUCAACAAAGGUCCAGUUCUGUGAAGCUGGAGGUGUCCCUCUGGUCCAGCUCCACAGACCUGAUAUUCUACCACUAGUCACCUGUUCAGCUAAGGACAUUUUCCCAGUGCACCACUCAGACUCCUGGGGCUCCAGUCGCAGUCAGACUUCUCUGAGCAGCCAUUCUGACAGGAGCCGAGGGUCUACUUUAUCCAACAUGCACAGUCCUGUAAUAUCUGACCAGCCGAGCAGGACUUUCAGAGACCAAGAGCAUGAACAAGCCCCUUCAAAAGAAAAGCCACUUCCAGUUAAUCAUUCCAGUCAGAGGAGACACAGGGAACCUGAAAGCCAAAAUGACAACGCCAAGAAACCAUGUCUCCAGGCCCUCAACUCCGACACCGUACCAAAAAGCACUGCUGGACUUCAGCUCAACCCACCGCAAGGGCCUCAGUCCUCUGUGAGGCCUUCAUUGUCACCCAGAACCACAGAGAACAAUCUGUGCAGUGAACCAACAUCUGGCAAAUCACAAUGUUUUAAACUGUCACCAUCACUGAAACAAGUCUCAUCAUCAUGCACAUCACCUGUCCCCAGACCUUGUUUAACUACACAGCCAUUACAGGGGGUGAAGAAAGCUUGUGUGCAAUUCACUGAUAAGAAUGUUGUGACGCUGGCAUCACCUUCAAAGAGCAAAAAGCCAGAUUUAAAUAGUCCUAAAUCAUCCCAAAAACAAUCCUCAGGCUCAUCAUCCAGUCGCAAAAUUUCCCAUUCACGAAGACCUGUUAUUCCUGAUGACAUAGACCAGCUUUUUACCCCUGAUCCCAUGACAUAUAUAGUCAACAAUGGACAGAAAACUGUAAAGCCCAAGACAGACAGUACAACCAAAUUGCACACUUCAGAGAAAAGUUGUUCAUCUGACAUUGUGACCAGCUCCAGAAGUCCUCUUACUGGAUCCCCUUGUGCUGAAAAUCAGAGCCCCACACAGACUGAUUCUCCUCAUCCAGUGCAGACCAAAGUUUCUUUAACGGAUCACAUGCAAAUCUCCAUGCCAACAGUGACUUUAGUACGAGUAAACAUUGAAAACAUGCCACUUUCCUCCAAACACAGUGCACACAACCAUCCUGUUCCUUCUACAGAGACGCCUGUCAGCGAUGAGCUCAGUAAAAAUAACCAGAAGCACAAGUCUUUAACUCCCAAGAAUGUGACGGCAUGUACUGUAGAAAAGGACGCUGCUUCUCCAUCUGCUUGUUCUCCGUCUGUGUUGAGGGAGGAUGGGCAGACAGGUGAAAGAGAUGCAAAGUCGAUACAUGAUGAGGAGUCUUCUUUAGACCUGGACCUGGGUCUGAACUUUGAGUUAGAUAUGGUUGUCACCCAGAGCUCCGACAGCAGUGAGGAUGAGCAGCUACUGUCUUUGAAGGAAAUGAUGGAGCAUGCUACCAAGCCUCCAAAUACACCGGAAAAGGGAGCUUUCUCAGAGCCAAGUACACCAGGACAUACCAGGCACAGAAGAAAUAAACCUUCAGUGUCCAAAACAAGUACAAACAUCUACAAGAACAGCCUUGAUCAGAUGGUGAAGGAAAUAAUGAACCACAAAAAAGCUAAAGAGGUUGAAACACAACUUUUAACUGCAUGUAAAGAAGACCUGUUGAGAAUAGCUGAAAAUGAGGAGGCCAAGGAGAACAGAGAUGAGGCCAUGUUUGCUGAGCAGCAGCAGUUCCUGCAGCGCUACUCGCUGGUCUCCAGUGCCAUCAGGGAUGUGCCUCCAGGAGAAAUGGUGUUCAAUCUGGAUAACUUUGGUCGCAUCUUCAAUCAGGAUUCACUGCAGCUCAGACAGUGCAUGCUUAAUCCACAGGAGACAGCACAGAAACCACUUCUCUGGUCCAGCCAUGCUCAGCUGAGACUGCAUAUUAACAUUGGAUUGUUCCAGGAGGCUUACAACAGCCGUUCACCCUGUCCGUCUCAGGUUACGCGAUUCCUGUUCAAGAUGAUGUCAGUUCAUAGUGAGAGGAUUUUGUGUGAAAAGAUUCUACAGGCCCUCUGCGACAUCGCUUACAGCGCUGCCUCUCAGAUAGUGGAAAACAGAAGCCAACAGUUUGAAGUCUGGGUUCCCAGUUUGGCAGAUGUGACGCUGGUCCUAAUGAAUAUGGGAGUUCCUUUUGUAAAGUUGUUUCCCUUUGAGAAUCUGCAGCCCCUAUUCACAGAAGGAGACCUGCUGGAAGAUGUUUGCAUUAAAAGUGAAGAUCCCCCUGGGCAGAGGGAACAGACCAUUUUUCCUGAACACAACUGUAAUAAUAUGUUCAAGUAUUUGUCCUACUGUAUGAGCCUGUGUCCGCGGGCAUACAGUGACUAUGAGCUGCUGCUACUGCUGACGUUAUUGGGUACGAUCAGCCUGGAAACACGACUCAUCUACCAGUCCAGUGUGGAAAUGUACCCUCUACAAUACAAAAUUGUCAACAACAUCAGGGACUGGGACACUAUGAUGUCCAGAAUCUGUCUGGCCUUCACUGAUCUGACAGACGACCACCACAACAUGUGCCUGCUUGUUCAACUGCUGCCUGACAAUAUGCGUGGAAAGCAACUACGUCACCAUCUUAGUCUGUGCAUGAUUUCUAAAUUGUUGGAUGGAAAUUGCACUUACACACCUAAAAACCAAGAGUUUCAGCUGGCUGACCUGAGGCUGUACCUGCCCCGUAUGCAGCCCUCCACCAUCCUCCAAGGCCUGAUGAACUCCUCCAGCAGGACUCAGGGAGAGGAGGAGGAGGACACGGCCAGCCUUGAUCAGCAGGCCUACUACCUCUGCCACAGCCUUCUGACCUUAGCAAAUGAAGCAUCAAAUUUCCAGAUUUUUCCUGCUCAUCAGAAGGAGCAGCUGCUGCAUUUGUGCUCAGACAUAGCAACAUAUGUUAAGUGUGACAUCAGAGAGAGCAAGAAGUGUCUGUACCGCAGUAAAGUGAAGGACCUUGUCGCUAGGAUCGACACCAAGUGGCAGAUGCUCCUCCAGAGGACCAGGCCUCUUAAUGGGAAGCUGUAUGAUUACUGGCAGCCAGGUACACAGAGGAUCAGUCAAGGCACAGAGGAGAGCUACACCAGUGAUGAGUGGGACGAUACUCUGACAGAAGAAGAGGGUAUCAAGAAGGGGAAUGAGCUUGAAAUGGAGGAGGAGGAGGAGAAUGAAGGGAUGGAAGAGGACAAAGAGGAGUCAAUGACUGUGGAAGAAGGUGGUAUGAGGCAUCCUGGAACAGAAAAAGAGCUUGAAGUCACAGAAAAAGAGUUUGAGGUCACAAUACAUGACACAGCAGUGGCUGUAGCAGAACCAGUCAUUCAGAACUUAAAAGACAAGAUAAAGGAGAUGGAAGUGUGUAACAGACCUGAAGUGUCAGAUGAGCAAGCACAAGCUGACAAUAUGGAGUUAGCGGAGAUGAGUGGGUUACCAGAUGGCAUGGCAAAUGGCCCAAGCAGAAGUGAGCUCUUGGACAAAGAUGCUCAGAUUUGGGAGAGACCUUGGACUCUUGAAGAAAUGCGGCAAACCAGUGCCAACUGGUCUCUGGCAGCCGACUCAGGGCUCUUCCUGUUCCUCCAAGACUUCUCCCAGAGAAUGUUGUCAAAGACCCAUGAGAUUGAAAAGCAGUUGGACAGUCUUAUCCGUGACACCAAGGCCACAGACAGCUGCCUACAUUCUGUCUUUAAUGAUUUCCUCAUGCUUUCCAAUACACAGUUCAUAGAAAAUAGGGUAUAUGAUGAAGAAGUAGAAGAGACUUUACCCAAAGCUGAUAAUUCAGAGAAGCAGCCAGAGCAGGAGAAGACCAGGGAACAGAAAGAGGCGGAGCUGAUCCCUAAAAUGCAAGAAGCAGUAAACUACGGUCUAAAAGUGCUUGAGUCAGCCUUUGAGCACCUGGAUAUCAAAGCAGGAAACUCUGACUCAGAGGACGAGGAUGCCACAGAUAGAGUUGAAGCAAUUCUAGAGCCCAAGGAUCUUUAUGUGGACAGGCCACUUCCAUAUUUGAUCGGUUCACAGGCCUUUAUGGAGCAAGAUGAUGUUGGACUCGGGGACCUUUCCAGUGAUGAAAUGUCAGUUGACAGUGACAGAGACAGUGUAAUUGAGAGCGAAGAUGGCAAAGAAGUUGUUCAUUCAGAUGAAGACUUUAACAAUGAGGAGGAAGAAGGUCCCGAAAUUAUUAAAAAGAAAUCAUCCAUGUUGAGUUAUGAGGAUGAUGAAGAAGAGGAUGAUGAUUCUGACAUAUUUGGAGAUUCAGACAAGGAGGAUGAUGAGGAUGAAGAUGAAAGAAAGAACACACAUGUAUCAUCCUUUGCUGAUGAGCUCGCAGCCAGGAUUAAAGGUGAACCAGUCAACAAACCGGAAGGAGAUCGGGCAUCACUGGCAUCUAAGAAGAAAAAUAAAGGCAGAAAAGAACCAAAACCUACAAAGCAAGAGGCAGCUGAAGAUGAUAGUGAUGACAUGUUUAAGCCACCAAAGAUGGAUGAUGAUGACUUCUCCCCCUUUGGAGCAAAAAGUGGCCUCUUUAGUGGAGGGAAAGGCCUGUUUGAUGAUGACGAUGAGGGUGAUCUUUUCUCUGAGGCACCAAAGCCACUGGUGUCAGAGAAACGACAUGAAAGCACAAAAAGCACAGCUCCAUCUGCAGAUUCUUCACAAUCUGGAAAGAAGAUUCCAUCUGGUGCUGUUGCAAUAUUUCCAGAGAACAGUCUGUUCAGUUCAGGGAAUGAGUCUGAUUCAGCGGAAGGCAAAGAGAAUGGGACUCCAGCUGCCAAGCCUGUUAUCUCCCAACAAGUCCCUACAGGAGGAGGUGGUGGUGGGCUGUUUGAUGACGAUGAUGAAGACGAUGAUGAUUUCUUCAGUGGAAAGAGCCUGAAAAAGUCAGAACCUGCUGCAAAGGAGAAACCCAAAGCUAAAAAAGCUAUUGAUCUUUUCGAUGAAGAUGACGAGGAUGGAGACAUAUUCAGUGAGAAGUUAAAUGCCUCAACUCUACCUCAGAGCAAGAAGGAAGUAGCAGAAGAGCAGCCGAAACCACCUGAGAAAAAGUUGCCACCAGGGGCCAUCUCCAUGUUUGGUCCGGGGACUAAAAGCUUGCUAUCUGAGGGCCUGAAAAAACGCCAGCCAUCAACCAGCGAGGAGUCUGAGAAAUCUGAAGAGAACGGUCUUGCUUCAGAUGUUGAAAAGUCUGCUGCUAAACCAGCUCCACAUAUUCAGACCAGAGGCCUCUUUUCUGAUGAUGAAGACACUCAAGUGUUUCCAGUCAUUGCUAAGAGUCAGUCAAAGCCUGAGCCGACGAGUCACAGCAAAGUCAACAAAGCCCCUGUGUCAUUAUUUGAUGACGAGGAAGAAGAGGAUUUGUUUGCAUCUGCAGCUAAGUCUAAACCAAAUACAAGUCAAGCUAAAGCCACCACACCGCAGGCCAGUAAGGCUGCAUCCAGCUCCCUGUUCAGUGAUGAUGAGGACCAGUGGAUAAGUUCAAAGACGGUGGAGAAGUCAGAGGCCAAGACUGGUGGGAUGAAGCCCAGUGCCAGUGCUCCCUCCAGCCUCCCCAGCGUCCAAACACCUAAAAAAAGCAGCCUCUUCGAUGAUGACGACGAUGACCUGUUCGCUCCAACAAAACAGUCAAGCCAGAAAAAGCCUCAGAGAGUCGCGCUGUUGUUUGAAGAUGAGGGUGAUGAUGAUGAAGAUAAGGGAUCCCUCUUCAGCAUCAAACCUUCCACAUCCCCAGCCGCUAAAACACCUGCUGUGGUCUCCCAGUCACCUGCCCCCGUGGGUGCAGAGAAAUCAGAGGAGGUUGCAGGUUCAAGUACAGCAGAAGCAGACAAGCGUCCAGAGCAGGACAAGGCAACAGAAGAGACCCCUGAACCUCCUCCGUCAUCGCCACCGGAGAGCAGUGGAGGUAAAAAGAAGCCGGCUGGAGCUGUCAGUCUCUUUGGAGGCAUCAGCAUUCUUCCCAAUAAACCGACCAAGAGCCCACUGGAAGAAAAUGACAAUGACGAUGAUGACUUCCUCACCAAGGACAGCCCGCCAACAAAUGUCGAAAAUGUCAAGAAGGAGGAGAAAAAGGAAGACAAAGCCAAAACAAACACGGUCAGUUUGUUUGAUGAUGAGGAAGAGGAUGAAUCAGAUUGGAACGAUUCGAUAUUCACACCCAGUAAACCUGCAGCCAAAAACACGAUAAAGCCUGCAGAGGAGCGACCACACACUAAGAGCACAGGCGUGUUUCAGGAUGAGGAGCUGCUCUUCAGUCAGACGCAGCAGAAGGACAAUGACCCAGAUGUCGACCUCUUUGCCACCUCAGGGAAAGCUUCGCUCAGUCAGACCUCCAAGCUCAGCUCAGUGAAACCGGCAGCACCAAGUCUGUUUGCAGACGAUGACGAAGAUGACCUCUUCAGCUCCGUCAAACCAAAAGCUCCACCUCCGAAAGUAGCAGAAAAACCCAGUAAGCCUGUUGAAAAAGCACCACUAGCAAGUCCCGAAUCCCUCUCAGAAAGUCAGAAACCAGCAUCAAGUCCUGUAAAACCUAAAGAUCCCUCAUCAAGGAUUGGGAAACUUCAAGCCAGUCUGUUGAUCAACCCCACUGCCCUGCUCCCCGGUGCCAUUCCCAGUCUGCCUGGCAUGGCCCCUAGUUCCUCUUCAGGGGUGUCCAGCUCCAGCCUGAGCCCCAGCCCUGUCACCACCCCUAUAGGAGCCCCAGCAGACAGCGAAGCAGCAGUGAGCUUCGACACCCCAGUCCAGGUCACAACACUGCAAAGUGCACAUAAGAGUCGUGCCAAAGGUUCGGUCCAUCGGAGGCCCCAGUCCAGAGCAGCAAGGCAGCAAGCAGCCCAAAGAUCAGUGGGAGAUAAAGACGAUUCCCUGUUCACAAAGAGUUCUGUGUCCACCUCUGGUGUGUCUGAUCUAGACUUACCUUCCCCAGACAAAUCUAGCCAGAUACUACUUAACUCAGAUCCAACGACAGCCUCGGCCACAACACCUCCACUUCCUGAGGCCUCCCUGAGACCGUCCAUUCUUACAUUGCCAGUAUCCACAAAUGGUGGUAAAAAAGACUCUAAUAAGAAGAGCAGUAAGGCCCCAGUGCUGCCAGUCUCAGAUGAGGACGACCUUUUUGGCUCUGACAGUCUCUUUGGAGCCACAGUUGUCACAAAAACCGCCUCCAUGGCACCAAACACAAAAACUGCACAGCUUCAGGCCAGUAGCGGAGCGACGGAAAAGAAAGACAAAAGCACACUCCCCUCCAUAUUUGAUGACAACAGUGAUGACCUUUUCCAGAAGGUCAAGCCAAAGUCCACUACUAAAAAGGCCAAGCCCACUUCUUUCCUGGAGGACGAUGAUGAUGACGAGGACAUCUUUGGAAUGAGCAACAGCUCAACUCCAUCAUCCACAAGUAGUAAAGAUAUCAAGAGCAGCAAUAGUUUUUCAAAGCAGGACAUCUUCCAGGAUGAAGUCGCUGUUGUGCCUAAAAGUCACAAGAAGCACAAAGAGAAGACUAUUGAUGCAAGCUUGUUUGAUGAUAACGUUGACAUUUUUGCGGACCUGACGGACACUUUAAAACCCAAACAGAAGGCCAAGGCCAAGGGGGAGACCAAGUCGAUAUUUGAUGAUGACAUGGAUGAUAUCUUCUCAUCAAGCACAGUAAAACCAGUGACAAAGGCUCCCCAGAAGACAAAGAAAACUCCUCCAACCCAGGAGCCCACUACAACUGCAGAUUCAGGCAAUAUAUUUGAUGACCCGCUUAAUGCUCUUGGUGGGAACUGAACUGUUGUUUUUCAGUAGCCUUAUUUGUACAAUUGUGGACUAAUUGUUUAUCAUUUGCAUUGCUGAAAAAGGUUGGAGAUCGGAUACACUGUUGAUAAGAGUAUUUAUUGAGAUAAAUUCAUAGAAAUAAUGUGGCUUAUUUUUGGCUGAUAAUGAUUCAAAUGAAAAUGAUUCCAGUCAUCUUCUGCAUUUCCAAAAUCAUCUCAGCGUCAAAUCCUGUUAUGUGAGAGUUAUGAAAUACUGUUUAUCAUUAAUAUACAUGAUAGCACUUUAUAAGCAUCCCAUAUGCUUAGCCUCAAAGCCUGCAGAAAUUAACAGUACAUUUUUGAAGCUGUUUAUCAUUUGGCUUUGCCACAUUGAGAUUCCAUGUCUUUGGGUUUGUGCCAUAUCAUGGUGAUGAAAGAUGUCUGUGUUUACUCACUGUCUUAGGCAUUUUGAGAAUGUUUUUAUUAAUAAGAAAUCCAUUCAUUUCUUAACUUUGGCUGUGAUGAAAAGGAAAUUCAUUUUUAAUAACUAAAAAGAAACAUAUUUUAUGCUA